AUGGCCAGGGAACCCAUGGGGGAGAGGGAUAUUGUCUUCUCUUCCCCCUCUUCCAAGGGAAUACUGCAGUUUAAGAUCUUGCUUAGGACCGAUUCUCCAUUCAUUCCACCAGUUGCUACUCCCUGCUCAAAGGACAAAAAAAAAAAAAAAAAAAAAGAAAAAAAACAUGGCAAUCGCCGCCUGCUUCAACUCCUCACUGUCACUCCCAGAUCCUCGCCCUCCCUCCACCUCCGCCGCCACCACGCCUCCCCGCCGCCGACCCGCCUCCGCCUCUGCCUCUCCACUGCCCAUGCCGCUCCCAGUCUCUCCUCUCUCCCUCUCCCCCGCUGCACCCUUCACAGCGGCCGCGGCCACCUCCUCCGCUCCGCCACCUUCGCCUCUCCCGGAGGUGGAGGCGGCUUCAUCAACGGCAAUGGUAACUCCGGCGGCGGAGGCGGUGGGGACGAUGGCGGCGCUGACGGCACUGGGGGCAGGAACGGGAAGGAGGUGCUCAUGGUCCUGGCGGAAGCCGGGCGGCAGUUGGAGAGCGCGCGGAAGGAUCUGGCAGCUGCGAUCGAGGCUGGGAGGAUUCCAGGCUCGGUCGUGUCGAGGUCACCGUUCUUCCGUUGGUUGAUGCAGCUUGGAGGUCUCAAGGAAAGGCUUCUCGCCGACGGUCUCUUCCCCGCGAAGAUCGCCGUGGAGGGUGGAGUGGCGAUCUUCACCGAGGAUGAUGCAAGUGGUUCUCCCUCUCGGACAGAGAACAGUCUUAUUGAUUCGGCUUCUGGAACUGUUGCAAAGCCAUCAACGCAAGCAGCUGAAGAGGAGGCUCCUGCUCAAGCAGAGGCUGCAGAGCAGUUUGAACAACAAGGCGAAAUAUCGGGAGGUAAACAUGUUCAUAGCGAGAGUCAACAAAACUUGGAUGACCAGAAUGAUUCGCGUUAUCAAACCAACGAGCGUAAAUUGCGCUUCAAUGCAAUUCCCUCCAGCGGGGAAAGUGAUUCUGCACAGGGGGCAAUUCAAAACCAAAUGAUGGAAAAGAUUGAACUUACAUGGAAAUCCAAAGGUAAGGACAACUUGCCUAAUGAAAACGGAGAUUUAGGAGCAGCCGGGCGCACUAGUGAACAGAUUAUUUUGAAAUGGAAAUCUGAGCCACAGACGGUGCUUAUUAUUCAAAAACCAGGAUCGGAGGAUGCUCUAGAUCUAUGUGAGACAAUAGUCAGAUGGUUAAACUUCGACAACAAGCGCAUUUACGUGGAGCCAAGGGUCAAACAGAAGCUUAUCGAGAAAAGUUGUUCCUUCAACGUUGUGAAAAGUUGGCAAGAUGAUGAGCCUGGGCAGACUCCUGACCUCCGGGGAAAGCAUGAAAGAGAGAAAAAAGACAUGCUCAAGGAAAUUGACCUUGUGAUCACUCUUGGUGGUGAUGGAACUGUCUUAUGGGCAGCAUCAUUGUUCCAAGGACCAGUGCCCCCUGUCGUCUCCUUUUCUUUAGGGUCCUUGGGCUUUAUGACCCCUUUCAGCAGGGAGAACUACGAAAAGACACUCAAAUUGAUUCUUAAAGAUCCCUUCCCUAUAACAUUACGGCGUCGGUUGCAGUGUCACGUUGUCCGGCAUUUGGCUGACAAAGGAAAGGCAGAAGAAGACGAAAAUAUAUUAGUUUUAAAUGAAGUCACGAUUGAUCGGGGGCAGGGAGGGUACCUCACAAAGUUGCAGUGUGAGUGCGAUGGCUCAGAGAUCACUACGGUACAAGGGGACGGGCUAAUCCUGUCAACUACAUCUGGCAGCACUGCCUAUUCAUUAGCGGCUGGAGGUUCAAUGGUCCAUCCUCAGGUUCCCGGCAUACUAUUCACGCCAAUAUGUCCCCAUUCCUUAUCCUUUAGGCCUUUGAUAUUACCCGAUCACGUCACUAUUCAAGUAGAAGUGCCUUUAGGCAGCCGAGGUUCCGCAUGGGUAUCAUUCGACGGCCAGAAACGGGAAGAAUUGAAAGCCGAGGACAAGCUUAUCUGCAGCAUGGCUCAGUGGCCCGUCCUUACUGCUUGUCCGGAUGGUUCCACUUCCACCCGGGACUUCUUGAUUGGCAUCCGGGAAGGCCUCCAUUGGAAUCUGAGGAAACCUCAGUUACCUGAUGGUCCGCAAAAACAGGAAAUGAAGGAAGGAGACAAAGUGGAGAUGCCAAUCGAAGGCAAAAAAACCGAUUGACGGUUGGGCCCAGUGGCACUUAAAGAAUGGUACCCAGCUGCAAACGUGGGAUAAUGCGACCUAAAAUUGUGGAAUUGCGGUCGUAACUGCAUAUGGAGUAUUAACUGCUUGUAGACAGUUAUAUUUAGCAGAUUACAAAGGGUGGUGUGUAUUAUUAUAGGGUGCUCGAUCAUCAAGCAAGUUGUUUUUCUAUGUAUUUUCAGUUGACCAAUGUCUUUUAAAUUUCUAGUAUGUGUGGCCUUUUUCCUUUAAUUUUAUUGUU